ACCGACUUCUUCCUCCUUUGAAAACCGGUAGAAGACUUGAAAUUUCUUCUUUCCUUCUUGUUCAAGAACUGAUUUUGGGGCUUAGAACUCUCAUUAAACCCAGAAUUUUCCCCAGAUCUGCUCGGUCUCUUCCUCCCCUGUCCAUCGAGUUCUGCUGGGUGUGGAUCCUUCGGUUUUUCCUUUCUUUGUGAAUCCCGCCCCUGCCAUACCGCCAGAUCCGGUUCUGCUUGCUAGGGAAUUCUGGUAAGAUGAUAGCUUCCAUAAGCUUGGGUUUUGUCAAUUGAUUGUUGCCUUGAAUUGCCCUUGUGCUGUUUGGAUUUUCUGCUGAAAAAGGGGAGAAUGCCGACAGCAAGUGAGAUGAUUUUUCUUGCUUAAUUCAUGUAGGAAUUUUGUUAAUUAAGCUGUUGUGAUGUUUUGGAGAGAAAAUCCCAUGUGUGUGUGUGAGUUGUGGUUUGCCAAACCAUGCUCUCCAUGUGUUGCCGUGAGUAAAUGGGAGAAUUUGAGGUACUUGAUUAUUCUGCACUCUAGCACUUGGGAUUAGUGUGCUGUUGGUGCGAUUGAGGUAGUGGUACCCGACACAUAGGGAACCGGGGGAGUGACGAGCUAGACGGCUAGACAUAUUUGGACUUAGAUCUUUUGGAGUUAGGUCGCUAGUCUCUUAUGGGUGACCAUUUUUGUGUACAGAGUUUUUCUUGGUUAUAGCCAUACUGCUGAUAAACUUUUGUAUAUCUG